UUGCAAGCGAGGGGAAGUACCACUGCUGGUCCGCUUGGAACUAUACACAUAUUUUAAAACAAAUACACCGCGGUCUUGGGAUUCAACACCGUCUACACUGCAACGGCUUCAGCGCAACCUACAGCAAUGUCGGAGGACCUGAGCUCCCAACCUUGGUCCAUCAACAAAGAUGAUUAUGAGCUACAUGAGGUGAUUGGAAGUGGAGCCACUGCAGUGGUCCAGGCGGCAUACUGUCUGCCCAGGAAGGAGAAGGUGGCUAUCAAGAGGAUCAACCUAGAGAAAUGCCAGACCAGCAUGGACGAGCUCCUGAAAGAGAUCCAGGCCAUGAGCCAGUGCCAUCAUCCCAACAUCGUGUCCUACUACACCUCCUUUGUGGUGAAGGAUGAGCUGUGGCUGGUCAUGAAGUUGCUCAGCGGUGGCUCAGUGCUGGAUAUCAUCAAGCACGUCAUAUCAAGGGGGGAGCACAAGACUGGGGUCCUGGAUGAGCCCAGCAUCGCUACCAUCCUGAAGGAGGUCUUGGAGGGCCUGGAAUACCUGCAUAAAAAUGGACAGAUUCACAGGGACGUGAAGGCUGGAAACAUUCUGCUUGGAGAAGACGGCUCAGUGCAAAUUGCAGAUUUUGGUGUCAGUGCCUUUCUAGCAACCGGCGGCGACAUCACCCGGAACAAGGUGCGGAAGACGUUCGUGGGAACUCCCUGCUGGAUGGCCCCAGAGGUUAUGGAACAGGUCAGGGGUUAUGACUUCAAAGCAGACAUCUGGAGCUUUGGGAUCACAGCAAUUGAGCUAGCGACUGGAGCUGCUCCAUACCACAAAUAUCCACCGAUGAAGGUGCUCAUGUUGACCCUGCAAAACGACCCUCCUGGGCUGGAGACGGGUGUCUCCGACAAGGAGAUGGUGAAGAAAUACGGGAAAUCUUUCAGGAAGAUGAUCUCACUGUGUCUGCAGAAGGACCCGGAGAAAAGACCAACGUCAUCAGAGCUUUUAAAGCACAAGUUCUUCCAGAAAGCAAAGAACAAUGAAUAUUUACAAGAAAAGCUACUACAGAGGGCGCCCACAAUAGGAGAAAGGUCCAAAAAGGUGAGGCGGGUGCCAGGCUCCAGCGGGAGGCUGCAUAAGACUGAGGACGGGGAGUGGGAGUGGAGCGAUGACGAGCUGGACGAGGAGAGCGAGGAGGGCAAGGCCGCUGUGGCGGCUCUGCGGUCACCCAGAGUGAAAGAAGGAUCACAGAACUCAGAGGUUUUCCCUGCAACAGAGCCUUCAAGUAGUCACCUCCAACCUUCAGCCCAAGGCCAAGCCCAUCUACCUCAGCCUGCCAGCCAGGCCCCUGUGCAGGCUCCCCAGGCAAACAUCCCACCCGCUGCCCAGGCUUCAGCCCCUGCGCAAGGCCCACCGGUCACUGCCCCAGCUGCUCAGGCUCCAACAGCUUCUCCUGUGUGUGACGCCUCCCAGUCUCCCAUUAGCUUGGUAUUAAGGUUGAGAAAUUUAAAGAAGGAACUAAACGACAUACGAUUCGAAUUCAUGCCUGGAAGAGACACGGCAGAUGGAGUCUCCCAGGAGCUGGUGUCUGCAGGCCUGGUGGAUGGGAGGGAUUUAGUCAUAGUUGCUGCUAAUUUGCAGAAAAUUGUUGAUGAGCCUCAAACCAACAGAAACGUCACUUUCAAGCUGGCUUCUGGCGUGGAGGGAUCUGAAAUUCCUGAUGACGUCAAGCUAAUGGGAUUUGCACAGCUCAGCAUUAGUUAGACUGUUGUACUACCAUGGACCUGGCUUGCCUAAAAAAUCUGAAAAACAAAGUAAUUAAACUGAACCUUACACCCGUGUGCAAUUUUUAUUUUCAUUGGCCUAAAGAAACCACUACUGCCAAAGAAAAAAAUACCAUGUCGUCAUCCCCAUAGGAUUCAGAAAUGUUGCUCGAUUAAAUAGGACUACACAUUGAAAAAUGUAACAUAUAGGAAUCAUACUAAAAACGUUUACAGUGUAUAUGUAAAAGGACAUGAUCAUCAGCAUUCACCGACCAAUGUUUUCCUUUAUUAUUUUUUUUUUCCUUUUUUGUUUGUUUUUAUAAUUUAAGAAAUGCAUUUGCACAAUCUGAACUAACUCCUGCAAGUCCUGGUGAUUUAACAAUGCCUUAUCUUCAGCAGUACUACUGAAUACAUGAGGGGGCUUUCCCCCGUUUGAGUUAUGGAGCUGAAUUCUGGAAUGAGUGAACGUGGUUUCAGUUACUAGAGUUAAACUUUUUCAGCGUAGGGAGCUGGCAGCACCCUGACAACGCUUUCGACACCUCAACAGUUCAGUGCUACACAACUUUUGCCAUUUUCACAGGCUUAUUAUCGUCUAAACACUUUUACUAGUGAUUGAGGGUUCACAGUGAAUGACGGAUUUCAACGAGGUUGGUUUCGUAGAGCAAAGAAUUAGGGAAUGUUGAUUUUUAAUAUCAGUAGCUAUGCUGUACUGAAGAUACCCGUGUGCCAAGCCUGUAUUAGGAUAAGCAACUGUGGUGUGCAUGCCCCUUUCUUUCAAGGUACCAGUUCAUAUGUUUACUGUAAAAGCAUAGGUCCAGCUCACUCAGCUCUGUGAACCAGUCCAACACAGAACACAACACAAACGAACAUGAUCCACACCUCUUUUUCAUCAGUUAUGUCAAUCGAUACACAAUGGACACCAUGGUGUCACCUUUAACCUUGAAGUACAAACUAUUUGACUGUCAAUAUUUCUCAAUACACAUUGGACUGCACACCAUGCAGUUAACGUAGCUUAGAUUAUAGGAGACCCACUCUCAGUGCAAACCCCAUAAAGAAUCAGGGAUUGGUGCACCAGGAGAUGAGUCAAGACCGUGCUUACAUUGUGUUUGUCAGCGUAUGGAAGAAAGAUAGUCGAAUAUUCAGAUAAAAGUCCGCUUGUGUCCUUCCUCUCCAUUGAAGUCCACAGGAGAGAAGUGAAGUAAAUGCGAGCACAUUUUUCUCCCAAAGUACAAUGCACUUUCAUUAGUGCAGCUCCUAGUUGAGCUUUUUGUCAAAUUCUGAUUGUCUUUGUCUUUUUUGGCUUCGCAACUGUCUGUGAAUUCUGUUCCUUUCCAUAGCACAAUAUUUUAAGCUAUAUAUUAAAUGUUUAACAGCAAAGUAACUGAAGCCACAAGUACUGUCACACAUUAAUGUGUCUGUGUGGGUAUUAGCUGUGAGUUUGAUUUGGAAUCAGUUUCUCAAACACAAAAAGUGCAUAUUAGGAUGACAACUGCAAAGUACUUGAUUAAUGACUUUAGUAUGUAAAUAAUGAAAUUUGGUGUUGAUUAGUUUUUAUACUGGGUGUUUCACACUUGGCCUUUGUAUCUUAAGAGGAAGAGGAAAGAGGCACUGCAUACAGAGAAAGAAAAAGGACAAAAUUGUCCUUUGAUUUUCUUUUCUCAAGUCGGAUGUCAUCAUUGCAGAGUUCCAUUUAGAAACAGCCACACUUUUACAGCACAAAGCCCACAUAUUUUACUUUGAUAUGUCACAUAUCAGUCAUAAAGUUCACAAUUUAAUUGAACAAUGGAAAAAAUGAGAGCUAGAUGCACUCUGUCCUUUUCUUGUAUUUUGUAAAACAGAUCCACUGGAGCAACUGUAGACUCACCUCAAAGGCCAUCCACAGUGUGAGCUUGCGAAGUACUCAUUUUCUUUUCUCGUCUUUUUUUAUAAUGACCUUGCAGUGGACAGUAACAGAGAAAUUAGAAAAUCCACAUUGAAGUGUGAAUACGCCUUAGUGAGGUGUCCACUAGGAAUCAAUUUACCAAGGAGUAACUGCUGGAACCUAAUAUUACCUUGUACUGUGCAGUCAUGGACACUGUUCAGACAAAAUUAAACCUUAACAAAUGUGACAACAACUCAGAUCUUAUUUUAUAUGUUUUUUCACUUUGUUGAUGUAAUGACAUGAAUCAAGUAUUAUCCCAACCUUGAAGCAUUUGGUGCCAUACCCCUGUAUAUGACUGCUAAGGUUGGUAGGGCUUUGUGAGUACUAGCUGUACACAGUGUUGAAUUCUGGAUUGAACCCUGCA